UCAGCGUGGUCGCGUGGCUUUGAGCUAAGCUGCCGACUUUUAGUUUCGUUUUGAGCUUCGUUAAUGUCGGUUGUGCUUUUUUCGCUGUCUGCCUAAAUAAAAAGUUAAUCAGCAUGCUGUCUAUUUGCGCUGCGAGGGCGGCGCUGCUGCUUUGCGUAGGUGUGGGCGUGGCACUGGGCAAAGAUAAUCUGCGUGUGGCCUACGAAUGGCGUGAAAUGGAUUUCAAAUAUGAAAGCGACGAUGCGCGCUGGACGGCAAUCGAAAGCGGAGCCUUUAAGCCGGCGAAUGUGAUUCCCUUCGGCAUCGAGCUGCAUCGCCAGCGCCUGUUUGUAACGCUCCCCAGAUGGCGCCACGGUGUGCCAGCCACGCUGGGCUACCUUGAUCUUAAUGACACCUCCAGCAAGAUGCCUGUACUGCAGCCCUAUCCCAGCUGGGUGGCGCAUAAUCUGGCCGAAACUGAGCCGGAGCUAGUGUCGCCAUUUAGAGUGCGCGCUGAUCGCUGUGGACGUCUCUGGGUGCUGGACUCGCGCAUUGCGGGCGUGCUGGAGCAAACCAAGAUUUAUGGCAGCGCGCAGCUUUUGGUUUACGAUUUGCAUAAUGAUGAUUUGCUUAGACGCUAUGCUAUACCCGCUAGCCAGAGCAAGACGAGCUCGUUCUUUGCCAAUUUGGCUGUGGAGGAUGCGGAUUGUGAGCAUAGCUAUGCUUAUGUUGCGGAUUUGGGUGCGCCUGGUCUGGUGGUUUACUCUUGGCAUGAGCAAACGAGCUGGCGUGUUUCACAUCACUUUUUCCAUCCCGAUCCUGUAGCGGGCAACUUUAGCAUUAAUGACAUAGAGUUUCAAUGGGAUGAUGGUCUUUAUGGCUUAGCGCUGUCCAAACCCGCAGCUGAUGGCUUUGCUACGCUUUAUUUUCAUCCGCUGAGCUCUACCAUGGAAUUCUCUGUUAACACCGCUGUGCUGCGUAAUCAGUCUCUGGCCAGCUCAUCUGAUAUUUAUCGCGAGUUCAAGGUGCUUGGCUCACGUGGCAAUGAUAUGCAGGCAGGCGCGCAGUUCCUCGAUACAGACAGCGAUGUGCUCUUCUACUCGCUGCCCAAUCAAAACUCCAUUGGCUGCUGGCGCACUCAACUCGACUACAAACUGCAGGAUCGCGUGCAAAUGAGCGAUACAGAGCUAAUCUUUCCCAGCGAUGUUAAGAUAGAUGCUGCACACAAUCUUUGGGUGCUGUCCAAUCAGCUGCAGAGCUUCAUCUACGACGAGCUCUAUCCCGGCAGCAUUAACUUUCGCAUACUCAAGGGCAGCGUAGCCAGCGCCAUUGAGCAAACCAUGUGCAAUGUGCCCAAGCCGCUGCCCAAGUUCAUCGAUACGCUGCACAAGACGCUCAACAAUACGCUGGACAAGGUUACGCAGCUUACGCAAGCGCCAUCUAGCGCUUCAAGCUUAGCUCUCAGUUUGGCUGCGCUCAGCUUGAGCUGUUUGGUCUGGCUGCAAGCUUAACCCAAACGCAUUAAUUUAAUUAGUUUAGCUUUACUUUUUAUUUGAUUAAAAACUUUGUACAUUUAUUUAAA